GCACGAGACGCCGCGACGCGCGUUUACAUCUGCUUAUUUAUUUACGUGGAGUUUUUUUUUUUUUAAAUUAAUUAUUUAACUAAAUAAUUAUAACAAAUCCAGCAUUGUACAAAAUGAUUGGAGCGGUAUCAUGUCUAGUCGUAGUAUUGGCGGCGUCGUGCAGCGCGCAGAGUACGUCGAGCUCGGGCAGCGCGCCUAGAUCACCCUGCCCCAACGUGUUCCAGUACGAGCCCUCGGGCACAGAGCCGGGCAGGUGGUACGGUGUCGUCAACCUCUCCACUGACAAUACACUACAUUCCCUCUGGCUUAAUGUCGUCCUUGAUUCCAAGGCUGAUAUACUCGGAAACUGGGUUGGAGAUGUGUCAACUACGGACAAUAUCGACUUUAAGAUAGAGAACACAAAGAUGAAGAUUCACCCGGGACCGGCGGUUGCCGUCCGCUUCUUUGUACAAUACAACCCCUUGAAGACUCCCAUCCCGCGUCUUCAAACCAUACGGCUAAACGGCCGUGAGAUAUGCAACGCUAACACGCCAGUCCCAGCAGACAGUAUACUGGACUCCACCUCCUCGGGACAGUCCAGACCGGAGUCCGGACGACCUGUAUCGACCAGACCGGUAGAAAGGCCGGUUGAAAGACCUGUCGCGAGUAGGCCGGUCUCGUCGAGACCAGCCGAUAGUAGACCCUCCAUCAGGCCGGAGGAUACACCAGUCACCAGACCAGUCCACGGUUCCCCAUCCAGCUCUGGUCCAGUGUACGUACCAACAGCGAAUCCACCGAUAGACCAGAUCAAUGUCAACCCAUUUGUUAUCGGGGAAGGGGGCAAGGGGCAGUCCGGCUCCAGGCCGAACUCUGUCUACGGCCAUACCACCUCCUCAUAUACUACCACCACAACUGAAAAUCCGGAUUUUGAAGACUUUGAUACCGUAAAGAAGCCAGACCCGAGUGAAUACUUUGGCGGUGGUCUGCACACUAUUGUAGUGCCCAGCAACACUAACGAUGACUUCAAUGACAAUAACAACAACAACAACAACUAUAGCCCAAAGAGUCGUUGCGGUAAAGUAACCUUGAACAAACCAAAUCCUCUGGUGGUGAACGGCAAGCCGACCCUAGAGGGACAAUGGCCCUGGCAGAUUGCCCUCUAUCAAACACAGACAGUGGACAGCAAGUACAUCUGCGGAGGCACGCUGGUGACCCAUUUGCAUGUGAUCACGGCGGCACAUUGCGUGACACGCAAGAGCUCCAGCCGCGUCGUCAACAAGAACACGCUUACCGUCUACCUUGGCAAGCAUAACCUGAGGACCUCCGUGCGAGGCGUGCAGAUACGACUGGUAGACGAGAUAACAGUUCACCCUGAAUACAACGCAUCAUCGUUCAGCCACGACCUGGCCAUCCUGCGACUGAUCGAACCCGUGCAGUACACCGACUACGUGAGGCCCGCCUGCCUCUGGGCCGACGACCAGACCGAUCUCAACAGUGUCAUCGGCAAAAAAGGCUCUGUUGUCGGAUGGGGCUUCGAUGCGACGGGCGUGGCGACAGAAGAGCUGACGCUAGUGGAGAUGCCGGUGGUGGACCAGGAGACCUGCAUCAGGUCCUUUAGCGACUUCUUCGCGAGGUUCACUUCGAAGUACACAUUCUGUGCUGGCUAUAGAGACGGGGCCCUUGAUAAGCGUACCGGAUACAGGAAAAGUACUUCAGUUUGCAACGGUGACAGCGGUGGUGGCAUGGUCUUCCAGAUGAACGAUUCCUGGCACCUGAGGGGUCUGGUGUCACUCUCUGUUGCGCGACAGAACGAGUACAGAUGUGACCCCACGCAUUACGUCGUCUUUACUGACCUCGCCAAGUUCCUACCUUGGAUACGUCAGCAUAUUAAUAAUUAUUAAUAUUUUAAUUAUAAUGUUGCCAUGAAUAAAAAGUAUCUGUCAAGUGAAACUUUAUGUCAACAUAACGCCGUUUAAAAAUAUUGUUGCCAUAAACAUUUUUUAAUUCAUAUGUCAAGAAACGUCAUUACGUCAAUGACGUACUGUCACUUUGACGUUAUUAUUUUGAAUCUGCAUUUGUAUGCUCUCUAUUCGAUCAAUUUAAUUUAAAAAAGAUUUAAUUAAAAGUUGAUAUAAUCAAAACUAUUAUAUACUCGCUAUAUACAAAUUUAUAUUAUUUUUAUAAUUUUAUUCGUGCAGGAUAUUUUUUUGGUCUGAUCUCUGUUUCGUUUAUAUAAAAGUAAUUUUUGUUUCUCAAUAUCAAUGUACUUAAACUAUUUAAAAGAUUUUAAUGUAAAUAAAUAAACUAGUGCGUUUUUAACGGUUAUAAAUUCAAAGGGUAUGAAAUUGUUAAGCAUUUUACAUAGACUAUUAUGUAUUUACUCCAAUGCUAGGAUCUAGAAAAGAUUUCUGAUCUAGAUUUAAUUGGCUAGAGCUAGUAAAAGACGAAAACGGAAAAUUUUAAAAACUACGUAAAAACAACAAUUUAUCAACAAUGUUGAAUCAAAAGAUUCAUUGUAAAAUUGUUUUUAUAGUGAUUUUUAAAUAAUUCAACGAAUAAAACGUUUUUCUAAAAAA